AUGAGGGCAACAAAACUGUGGAAAAGUGCUUUCCUGGGCUCUUUGACCAUACUGCUGUCGCUGUAUCUAAUAGCCCUUGGAAGUUGGGAAUUCAAUAGUGGGAUUGAGCAGGAGAGCUACGUCAGUGCCGUCAAAAAGGUAAGUGGACAUAAAGUUAUCAAGCUGGUAAGCAAGGCUCAAAUGUCGGACUUUUUUCGAGCCUGGAAUUUUGAUGAUUCGGAACUUUUGAAAGGUGGACCCUUAAACGACGAUCUAACGUGGAAAGAGGUGUGCUCAGACCGAAGUGUCGUUCGAGGAAACACUCAGAAUAUGUAGCCUUUCACGAAGUAUAGAUUUGAUGCCAGGUUCACAAUUGCUGCUUAUUACCGGUAUUUGCACGACAAUCCUGAAUUGCAAGAGGCACCCUUUAACUGGUAUGACUGGAAGGACCUUGGGUCUGAGUUGAAUAAGGUGAUGCUACCCGACGGCCCUCGAUGUGAAGACAUUUUUGCUGAGGAGUUCGCUGAGCACACUGGCGGAAAAUGGAAAACGCUCCCUCAAGUAAACUUGGCAAGAGACCUCAUAUCGAAAUUCUGCAUACCCAGCCUCGACUCUCCAAUCCAGUUCAGAGUCAAACAAGUACAAGGUCAAUGUGACUCAAAAGCGCUGGCGCUGCAGUCUGCAUCGUUCUUGUAUCACCACGAGUUAAGCCCUCUUUCUUUGAUAUUUUUGAAAAGAGAUGGCCAAUCCAUCAGACUAGGCACUAAAUUGAUGGCUUUCGGCGAGUCUCUUGCAAAUAGCUUGCUACUGAAACCCUUUUUUACGCCAUCCACUUCCACUGAGCAUGAAAAGGUGGAGUUUUCAAUCAUUGAACCCUCGGCUGUCUUUGACCCCCUCACUGAAUAUAAUAAGCUGAUGAACUCUAGUAAAACGUUUACCGACGGUGGAGUUUCUUCCAAGUAUUUGUUGGAGGCGGAACUCGCAAAUUUCAACUUCAGCGUCAAGCAUGAAAUAGAAGCGCUAGUCUCUCAGGGGAGUUUAACAUCAAAUGAACAAAUGUUUCUGAAUAAUCUGAUAUUUCAAAAGGAACACUUAUUGUCAGGCAACCCAGAAUUCAAAUACUUUCGCGAGACUUCGGAGCUCACAAACUUUGGUGGCAAGUACCAAAGCUCGACGGAUGUAAGGUUCUUCUCGGGCUUUGUCGAUGACCACUGGCAACGACAGCGGAUUUUCAACGCUCUCAUCAGAAAUUGGCUUCUUUUCGCGGGCUCAGAAGGUCUCACAUCGUGGCUUGCUCGCGAAUCACUGCAUGGUUACUUGUUCACCGGUUCGCAGUUUCCAUGGAGCCUGUCACAAACUUUUCAGAUGCCUGUUCGGGACUUGAGCUUGUUAGCCAAACAUUAUAAUCAAAGUCUGGUGAUUGCACCUGCCACAGAGGGUACUGGUAGGUAUUACAUUGACGUUCAGCCUUUUAUUGCGUCUCGAGACCACCUUGAUGACCUCAAUAGUGUUGACGCCCGGUUUAUUGACAUUGAUAGCGGAUUCUACAUUGACAUAUUCGGGGUCGGCUUUUCCUCCAACGUGCUGCAAAACGUGAGACUUCAACAACAAUAUGAGCUCGAUCAGGCGAGCCACCCAGACAUAGCAUCUUUCAACAGGGAAACCGGAUUAGUGUCCGAACGGUCCGGAAAGAGCUAUCUACUCACCGAAAUUUUCACAUUGCGUCUCUCCAUGUAUCAUGGCCUACCGGUACGGGUUCCUUUCCGCACUCUAACGAUUCUUAGAGAUGACUAUCAUGUGUCCCCUUCCCUUUAUGGACCUAAAAUACAGCUACACAAGAAUCGUUUUGUCCCCAGCGUAGGUGCUUGGGUGGAAAACUCAAAAUUAAAGGCUUGGCUCGGACAGCGAAGCUCUUUGAAGGCCCAUGAUUUAACGAUAAAGGAGCUGCAAACGAUGUUUAAUAAAAUUUCGAUCAUGGACCCCGCGAGCCAUCAAGAAUUCAUAUACGGGAUGAGAUCUGAGGAACAGUUUUCAUUUCGCCUCAAGGAACUGGCUAUCGAGUCCUCUAAACUGGAGCGUCAAGAAAAAUUAGUCGCUUUAGAGUAUCUGCAGAAACAUCAAUCUUCACUGGCGCCCGCAUUCUCAGACCCAUUUUUAAGCGAGAGGCGAGCAAAUAAGUGGCGACAACUAGUGGAUCAGAUGGAUACCGCUGUGGGCACGGGAUUGUUUUCCAAACGAAUUUUAGAGGAUAUCAUGAAUCAAAUAUCUGAUGAAUUUAUUUCUCGAAAGCGAUCCCAACGAGAAAAAAAACUAGAGCUGUAUUCAGCAAUUUCGGAUGGUAGUGCGGCAGCGAUUCAAACUACGCGCAUAUUCUCUAUGAGAGAAGAUGGAAGGGAGUACUCCGUGAUAGAUCCUUUGGUUUUCAAAACGGAUUUUGCAGCCUGA